GUUCGCGCUUCUAACAUGGCAGUCCUUUUACUUUUCCUGCUAAUCCUAGGUGUGGCACAGUGUCAAGAAUUUUUGGACACUCCUCCACCCGAUUAUACUACCGGGAAUGGAUUCCGAGACUGUGCCAGCCGUUUUUCGAAAACGUGGAAGAUACCCGUUACGGAGGCGCUCGGAGGUGUACGUGCAUAUCAGGGAGAAUUUCAACACAUGGCCGCUAUUGGUUGGACCCGAACCGACGGAACGAUUGAUUAUCUGUGCGGUGGAAGCUUAAUAACCUGGAGGUUCAUCUUGACUGCGGCGCAUUGUGCGGUCGAUUACAGAGACCUUCCUCCGGAUACUGUACGGCUGGGAGACACGGAUCUUGGUAGCCCGGACGAUGACGAAUCUGCACAACAGGUGUCUAUUGCACGGUUUAUCAAACAUCCGCAGUAUAGAGAAUCGAAAAAAUACUACGACAUUGCGCUUGUUGAGCUAGUGAAGAACGUCACACCAAACGAUCCGGUUUGUGUUGCGUGCUUGUGGCGAGAACCGGAAGCACCGAGUGGCAUGCUGCAGGCGUCGGGCUUUGGUGCAUUAGGUUUUGGAGAAAUGUUAAGUCCCACCUUGCAGAAGGUGCAACUUCGAGCGCUCGACAAGACGAGCUGCGGUGAGCGUAUUCCAACGAAUCGUCGUCAAAUGCCGGAAGGUUUGCGUGCAGAUCAGCUCUGCGCCAGCAGUGAUACGAUGGACACGUGUGAAGGUGAUUCCGGAGGACCGUUGCAAACGGAGUUGCACGAUGUGUUUGGGAAUGUGUAUCCUCUCGUGAUAGGUGUUGUGUCAUUCGGAACUCCGUGUAUUGUUGGCUCAACGGGAGUUUACACCCGGGUCAGCACCUACCUGGAUUGGAUCGAGAAGGAGGUCAAUCAAUCGCUCAGCUAUAGCAACUGUACUGGAAUCGAUUUGUGCGAUCGCAAGAAAAAUCCCUCCAUUUCGGCUGAAGUAAAACCACGAUGGCCCAUUAAUCGCGUUGGACUACUGUGGAAGCAGGAGGAAACAGACGUCCAUCAGUGUGGAGGACUACUGAUCGAUUACCAGUAUGUACUCACAUCGGCGGACUGUGUCACGUCGAGCCGAGGACCUCCAAAGUUCGUUGCGUCGAGCUCGUAUGGUGAUCGGGCUUCUGUUGCCAAUGUGUUUGUCCAUCCUGAAUACGAGCGAGAGCGGGCUUCAUCGCAUGAUAUAGCGCUUAUUAGACUAAAUCAAUAUGCAAACCUUGAAGAAACGCAACCCGUAUGUCCAUGGAUGAAGAACGAAGAGGCAGAGGCAAACAGUCUGCCUCUGGAAGUACCAGCAUCUAUACCGCAGAGACGCUUUCGCAUGAACCAAUACACCAACAGUUCAAGACAGUACAUCUUGCAAUCGGUUGAACGUGACCAAUGCACAACUCAUCAGGAUGGCGAUGCAAAUGAUCUUAUCUGCAUUAUGCGCAACAUUUCAUUAGUACCGGACACGUGUCAGGUUGACUACGGUGGUCCAGUAAUGACAGAAGUGGCUAAAAAUAAGUAUCGUGUCCAUGGUGUGAUGUCCCGCAGAACUGAAGGAUGUGGAAGCAACGUUAUUUACAUCGACAUUACACCACAUCUGCAGUGGUUGGAAUCGAUCAUGUUUAAAAAUUUGAAUGAAUGGCUCGUAUUUACUGAUUAAUAU